AUUUUAUAAACCAUAUAUAAAUCAAGACACCAGCUCUAUAUUACUGAUGUCUUCGUUAAUGUAUUCAGAGGGUAAAAAUCAAUAUUACAUGUCGAUUUUAGUAACAUUACAAAGAUCAUUGCUGAAAACCAUUCUAGUGUUCAGUAAUAUUAAUACGCGGUAAAGUGACUGUGUACAUAGUGUCGUAGUAAUGUGACCUACAUUACAUUUCACUAUACGCCGACUACGGUAGCUGGUAUACUGUACACUUGGUCAGCGGGGGAAUAGUGUGAAGGCUGCCACGCGUUGUUAUAUCGGGUUCUGACUGGAACAAGACGUGUUUGAAUGUCCAUGGCACACUUGAGUCGAGUGGAGAGAGAGUCCUACACGGCCGCCUUUCUCAGGGUGGACACGGAUGGAAACGGGGCGCUCGAUUUACCCGAGUUUGCUGGACUGUGUACAGGGCUCGAACUAAAGCUGUCCAGGUCACAGGUUGAGGACAUCUUCUCGCAGAUCGACAAGGAUAACAACGGGAUUAUAACUCUGGACGAAUUCCUUGCAGCUAUGCCGCACACUGUACCAGAGGAAACUAGAGAAGAGGCGAACUUGCGGCGUUCGUUCAACCAUGUUGAUAAUGACGGAGAUGGCUUUCUGACGGCUUCGGAAAUCAGACUUGCGCUCAAAGAAAGCGGACGCGAUGUGACGCUACAGUACGCAGAGAGAAUGGUGGGAAAACUCGACAAAGAUGGCGACGGUAAAGUAAGCCUGGAGGAGUUUGUGGCAUACAGCAAACAUAAACCCACAUAAGCUGGCAGGCCGGACCUAGAUAAAUAACCAGAGGAUGAGCAGAAAAAAACCUCACGGAUUCAGGACACAGAUGAAAAUGUAGGCGUCAUACGCUGGGGCGGGGAAAAGGGGUGGUGGCCUCCAUAACUCUGAAGCUGAUAUGGCCAGACUAUGAGUUCCCCCUCCUCUUGAGAGACGAGUUAAUAACUGCCCCUCCAGUUGCUAGCAUCAUCAGACGCCUAGAUAGUAUGGAAAGUGGCUUCUAAACAUAAAAUAUCACCUUUCUGUAGUUUUCUAGACGUAACUGCCCUCCUCUAUUCAUUAUAGUUCGUUAUUACGGCCAUAGGUUUAGUGAUUAAACAACAGGGUACUAAAGAAAUAGUUCAGCCAUAUUGUGUUCAAGUCGUUUUGAAUGUUUUCUGGUGAUAAAAACAACAAAAAGCACAGUGACGAUUCUGUAGAAAGACCCGUGUUCAGUGAUGAAUAAAAAUUACUUUACGAGAAACAUUAAACUUUAUAUGUGUGGAAUGGUAGCGAGAUGCAUUUCCGAAUAUCAUAUUAAUUUGUGCGUUAAAGAAAGUAUCCUAAUGUUGUUGCCAUGGCAACGGAUUCCCGGCAAAGGCCCAAAACAGACUUAUGGGUUUGGGUCUGGCGAGUGUGGCAAAGACACCAUAUUUGGGGAAUAUAUUUUGACACCUGGGUCUGUAAUUGUUACAUUUUAUCAAUAUAUUGCAAAUGCGUUCAUAUCUGUGGAAAACCACUAUGAGAAUGCCACAUUGAUUAAUAUAUUAGUAUACCUUUCCUGUUGUUAAUAAUAAGAAAAAUUAAAAAGUAAGGUACAAACAUUGUGCAGCUGUCAAUCUGGCAGUGUGAAAAUAUAACGCAUGUUUUGUGUCAGCAGAGACGAAAGAACAAGUCCCGAGGGUGCAAUGGUUGUUACAUAAUAAAGUGUAAAGGUAAAACACCUCGAGAUGAACAAUUAGGAAGUCGAUUUAUGAAGAACAAAAUUGCCAAAAUCACUUAUCGACAAAAGCUAUUGUCUUUGGAUUCAUAAUUAGUUGUAUAUUAAUAAUAUAUUUUAAAUCAAUGUUGCAUCACUUUUUCCUUACUUUUUUGUUACAUAACAACCAUAGCACCCUCGGCUCAGACGCGGUGUGGAAACUUUUAGUGUGUUUCUUUUUCUCGCUGGAACCAGAAUCAGAUCCAGAACCAGGCCUGGUGUAUUUUUCGCCUGAAGGAUCUUUCUGAACGACAUUUACUUAUUAUUAUUUACACAGUCCUACUUGGGAUGUCAAUGUCUCUACACAUAAGCGUACGGGCUCCCGUUUUCUAAUGGGGGGGGGGGGGGGAAGCGGGCAGGCUGGCUGGUUUUUGCCAGAAUUAAACGAAAAUUAGCAUUACUGCCAAAUAGCUAUAAUA